AAACGUUUUCAUUAAAAUACAUUAUCGGCCAAAUGACUUUUAGGUUUUGCAAUUCAGCUAGGUGUGAAGGAUAGAAAUUGUUGAACAAUUUGCAUUUGUACCACAUAAGUUAAAAUGCCUGCCUUUAAAGUUAAAGUGAAAUGGGGACGCGAACUUUUUCCGGAUAUUGAAGUUAAUACCGAUGAAGAACCAAUUUUGUUUAAAGCCCAACUGUUUGCCCUUACAGGAGUUCAACCCGAACGCCAGAAAGUAAUGUGCAAAGGCGGUAUUUUAAAGGAUAAUGAAUGGAACCUGCAAUUAAAAGAUGGGGCUACUGUGUUGCUGUUAGGCACAAAGGAGCAAGUUCCUGAGGAACCAGUAACUCCUGUCAAAUUUAUAGAAGACAUGAAUGAUGCAGAAAUGGCUAAUGCGAUGGAAUUACCUGCGGGUCUGACAAAUUUAGGCAAUACCUGUUAUAUGAAUGCGACAGUGCAAUGUUUGCAUGUGGUGCCUGAAUUGCGAGAAGCUCUUGAAAAAUAUCGAGUGGAUAGCGAAGAUUCUGGUUCGAUGUCUACCGCAAUGGCAUCGGCCAUAAAAUUUUUGUUUAAACAAAUGGAGCGCGGAAGUACAGUGACUCCAAUUAUUUUACUUCAGACGUUACAUAGAGCAUCGCCACAAUUUUCACAAGUUGGCGAAAACGGAACAUAUCGUCAACAGGAUGCUAAUGAAUGUUGGUCCGAGUUACUUAAAAUGCUGCAGCAAAAAAUACCUGCUUCCAAUGACAAAGUUCUUGAAGGUAGCAGCAUCAAGAAAUACAAUUCUUUUAUAGAGCAAUACUUUGGCGGUUCGUUUGAGGUAAAAAUGAGUUGUACAGAAACUGAAGAUGAAGAGCCAACUAUAGCAAAAGAGCAAUUUCUUCAACUGAGCUGUUUUAUAUCGACGGAAGUUAAAUAUAUGCAUAGUGGUUUAAAAUCGAGAAUGAAGGAACAACUGGUAAAACGAUCGGAAACUUUAGGGCGCGAUGCCAAUUACAUAAGAACUUCGCUUAUAAGUCGCCUUCCAGCAUAUUUAACGAUACAAUUUGUCCGUUUUCAAUACAAGGGUAAGGAAGGCAUAAAUGCCAAAGUUUUGAAAGAUAUAAAAUUCCCGAUCGAAUUCGAUGCAUUUGAGUUAUGUACUCCUGAACUGCAAAAUAAGCUGUGUCCAAUGAGAGCUAAAUUUAAAGAAGCGGAAGAUAAGCAUUUAGAAGGCGAUAUUAAAGCAAUUGCUGAACAAAAUAAAAUUUCUGUCAACGAAACUGAUAAAACUGUUGAAACCGAAAACUAUUGGUUCGAAGAUGAUCCAGGCAGCAAUAACUCUGGAUAUUAUACUCUUCAAGCUGUAUUAACGCAUAAAGGAAGGUCAAGUUCUUCGGGACAUUACGUAGCUUGGGUUAAACACACUGGUGAUAUCUGGUUUAAGUUUGAUGACGAUGUGGUGACGUCCGUAACCACUGAGGAUAUUCUUCGCCUUUCAGGAGGUGGUGAUUGGCAUUGCGCUUAUGUACUUCUGUACGGACCAAAAUUGCUGAAGAAACAAUGAAAUUAAAUUAAUAUUAUAAUUAUGA